AUGCCAAACUACACGGAAGAUGAUAUUCAAAACGCACUAUCGGCCGUGCGCAGUGGCCUGUCUGUCAGAAAAGCUGCAGCACAGUCGGGGAUACCAAGGACAACUAUUCAAGAUCGAAUGUCCGGCUCCCAUACGCGAAUUGAUGCAUAUGAACCGCGUCAGCGGCUAUCGCAGAAGGAUGAAAGUGCCCUGGUUACUUGGAUAGUAGCCCAGUCGUCAUUAAAUGUGCCAAUUACACAUCGACAACUCUACCUCUUUGUCUCAUAUAUCCUAGCCAAGGGAGGAGACCAUCGCCCUUUGGGGAAGAAUUGGGUAAAAGGAUUCAUACGUCGGCAUCCUGAAAUAAGCUUCUUUUCAAGGGUCCAGCUACCAGCAGUACAAGGAAUCCCAGCGCGAAAUCAAUAUAAUAUGGAUGAGACUGGUGUUCACGAGGGUCAAGGGACUAAUAGUCUUAUCAUUGGGAGUGCAGAAAUUCGAGUAAUUAUUCGGAAGCAGCCUGGGUCGCGGUCUUGGACUACAAUUAUCGAAUGCAUCUCAGCAGACGGCAGGACACUUAGUCCUCUGGUGAUAUUCAAAGGAGCAAGCGUUCAACAGCAAUGGUUUCCCGAUAAAUGCGAUAAAUAUCAUAAAUGGCACUUUACAACAUCACCAAAUGGCUGGACUUCUGAUGAAAUUGGGCUUGCGUGGCUGCGCGAGGUCUUUAUCCCGGAAACAGCACCAACUAACCCGAAAGAGCCACGGCUACUAAUUGUAGAUGGUCACGGAAGUCAUACAACCGAUGAUUUUAUGCUGGAAUGCUUCAAAAAUAAAAUAUACCUUCUUUUUCUGCCAGAGCAUUCAUCUCACGUUUUACAGCCGCUUGACGUUGGUGUCUUUAGCUCAGUCAAAGCCAGCUAUCGCACUUUCAUUAUGGACCUUCAAUUAUCAACACCCUUGCUUUCAAUAAACAAAAUAACCUUCCUUGACUGUUAUGACAAAGCUCGGAAUACCGGAAUUACCAAAGGAAACAUUCUUUCAGGAUGGCGGGCCACCGGAAUUUAUCCCACUAAUAUGAGCCGACCUCUCCUGUCAAAAUCCCUCAAAUCAGCGACUCAACCGCUCAAGGAAAUAACGCAAGAGACACCACAAAUGUGUACAAAGCAGCAAAAUGACCUACUACAGACCCCACAGCGCGGUAGUCAAAUUUUUGACUAUAUUCCCCAACUUCUUAGACCCAAAGACAUAGACCCAACAGCCCGUCAGCUAUUUCGUAAGAUUCGGAAGGGAAUUGACGAUAAGAACAUGCAGCUUGUUGAAGCCGAACAGAAGAUUCAAUCACUACAGCGGCAGAUUGAUCAUCAGAAGCCAAGAAAGAAGCGAAAAGUCAUACAUGAUCCUAAUAGAAAAUUCGCCAAUAUCAAAGACGUUGAAAAGACCCGGCAGCGUCUUCAAAGACGGCCUCCAGGACCCUCUAUUGCAGACGGGGUCAAUUUUGAGUCUCUAUGUAAUGAAUGGAAGCUGGACAGCUAG